AUGACCUCUAGAAGACUAGAAAAUCGAAAUCACUCUCGCAAACAGCACCUAACCUGGAGCUUCAGUGGCAGCGAUGAGGGUCGAUCCACGGCUAACCUAGCCAGUAGGCAUCCUUCUCUUUCCCCAUCCCAACCCGAAUUGUUGUUUCAUCAAUCAUCUACCACCACCUCUUUUGACCCCCCUUACAAAUGCAUGAUGUUGGAUAAAGACAUCAGGAGAGGAGAAAGUAAACGAAUAUGUAUAAGGGCUGCCAAUUCAUCGCCUGUGUCGACAUCGGAAAUCGUAAGGAGAAAGGGGCGUCAGGAGCACAAUCUUCGAGAACGAGAUCGACGUCGGGGAGAGUCUAUUAUUUACGAAUUAAUCCGUACAUGCCUCUCCGAAGAGGACAUCCAUCUUCAUCUACCCGGCGUCAACAGGACACCUGAGAAUUUGUCUUAUCAUCAAAUUCUCCGGAUUUCCGCAGAAUUGGUGAAAAAUGAACCCCACGAGAUGGAUGCCUUUUCUCAUCAUAAGUUGAUUGUGAAGAUUCUUGAGGAGGCGUGUCACAAGCUUGGCGUAGCAUUGCCCGAAAAUAGGCCAUUUGUCAUACCCCCCAUGGAGAAGCACCGACGCUAUGCCAAAAUAGUCAAGGAGGGACUACGGACGGAUAGGUGUAGAAUGCGCCAGAAUGCGGGUGGUGAUGGUGAGGGGUUGCUUACACCACGAGAGGUUGCUCUGGCAAUGGAUGAGAGGCUGCGCGAAUCGGACAGAUUAUUUACCCGAGAGUCUAGAAAGCGUUCUAGCAACUACCACGAACAUCCACCCAAACACCACCAACCAUCCUUAGCUAACGUCCCACCUCCUCAUUCAUCACCUUGUCAAGUAGUGACCAAUGCGCAAAACGAUUUCCCUUUUACGGACAGGAAACCGCCUUGUGGUGCGAAAGACCCUCCUUCUGAUUUCCGGAUCAGCCUCCAAUUCAACUCUGCCGAAACCAUCCAUCCGUCUCCUGCUCUUGAUUUUCACUCCCCCCUUUCCUCUACCGCCCGGCAUCAGGAUCGGCAACGACAAGCAGAGUCGAAAAGCGAAGGAGUUGCAGAUGUUGCAAGUUCUGAUAGUGUUUUUACCUUCCCCCUUUUAUCACCAUCAGCUGGUGUGGAUUUGGGCAUUGAGACUGAACCUCUCUUCCAUCUCCUCUCCACAAAAUUCGAUAUAGACAACCAGGCCUACACAUCUUGUAGACCGCUUAGUCAGGCGUGCUGUUCAGUGUGUACUGUCAGAUUUCCUCCCCCAGAGGAUCGUAGCACAGCGAUUUCAAGUCCAUACGCCAUUCGCUACCACUGUCUUGUUAGCACGCUGCAGGAUGAGGGCAUCACCAACGCCGCGCCGACCUUACGACCGGCCAACAGAUGGCAGCACCGUAGUAGCAGGAUGUGA